UGCCGGGCCUUCCGCGCGGCUUGUUUCCUGCCUGAGAUAGAGCCUGCUGCCAUUUGGAUUUGGGGAAUUUCUGAAUCACCCAAGACGCCUGACGGUCCCGAGGAGGGUGGGGACGGCGCGCUAGGGUGGAAGCCGCAGUCCGGACUGGAUGUCACCACCCUGAGUCUGGAAAACCUGCUCACGGAUGUGAUGCGGCAACGCGGGGACACCUGCGCUCCCGGUUCAGCCCCAGCGCUCGCUCAGCCGCCUGGAGCACCCGGAGGGACAGGAGGCAGCCGCGCGGCCCCGAGCUGGGCAGGGUCCCCAGCCGCCAUGGAUAGCGACGACGAAAUGGUGGAGGAGGCGGUAGAAGGGCACCUGGAUGAUGACGGAUUACCACACGGCUUCUGCACCGUCACCUACUCCUCCACUGACAGAUUUGAGGGCAACUUUGUUCAUGGAGAAAAGAAUGGACGGGGGAAGUUCUUCUUCUUCGAUGGCAGCACCCUGGAGGGAUAUUAUGUGGACGAUGCCCUGCAGGGCCAAGGAGUUUACACUUACGAGGAUGGGGGAGUUCUCCAGGGCACGUAUGUAGAUGGAGAGCUGAACGGACCGGCCCAGGAGUACGACACAGAUGGGAGACUGAUCUUCAAGGGGCAAUAUAAAGAUAACAUUCGGCAUGGAGUGUGCUGGAUAUAUUACCCAGAUGGAGGCAGCCUUGUAGGAGAAGUAAAUGAAGAUGGGGAGAUGACGGGAGAGAAGAUCGCCUAUGUGUACCCCGAUGAGAGGACUGCCCUGUAUGGAAAAUUCAUUGACGGAGAGAUGAUAGAAGGGAAACUGGCUACUCUCACGUCCACUGAAGAAGGAAGACCUCACUUUGAACUGAUGCCUGGAAGUUCGGUGUACCAUUUUGAUAAGUCAACUUCAUCUUGCAUUUCUGCCAAUGCUCUUCUUCCAGAUCCGUAUGAAGCAGAGAGGGUUUAUGUUGCUGACUCUCUCAUUUCUAGUGCUGGAGAAGGACUGUUUUCAAAGGUAGCCAUGGGACCUAAUACUGUUAUGUCUUUUUAUAAUGGAGUCCGAAUUACACACCAAGAGGUUGACAGCAGGGACUGGGCGCUCAACGGGAACACCCUCUCCCUCGAUGAAGAGACGGUCAUUGACGUGCCUGAGCCCUACAACCACGUAUCCAAGUACCGUGCCUCCUUGGGACACAAGGCGAAUCACUCCUUCACUCCAAACUGCAUCUACGACCUGUUUGUCCACCCCCGCUUCGGGCCCAUCAAAUGCAUCCGCACCCUGCGAGCUGUGGAGGCCGACGAGGAACUCACCGUUGCCUACGGCUACGACCACAGCCCCCCGGGAAAGAGUGGGCCUGAGGCCCCCGAGUGGUACCAGGUGGAGCUGAAGGCCUUCCAGGCCACCCAGCAGAAGUGAAAGGCCUGGCACUGGGCUUCAGAGACCUGGAAUGGAAACUUGGAUCUAUGCACUACGUUCAUCCGACAACGGGACAACCAGGGACUGCUCAUGCUGUGACAUCACAUCCUCUCACUCUGCGUUCGCAACGACUUUCUCGAAUACUAACUAGGUUUGACUGUAUUACUCAUACCAGAUUUAAAAUUAGCUAGCCUCGCAACGACGCCCUACUGAGAGGUAUUGCCGAGCGCUUGACAUCAGACAGCGUGAUGUUCUUGGGUGGUUCAAGUCUAAAUCUGUACCACGUUCAGAGAUGCCAAAUGAUUAGACUGAAAAAGGGAAAAGGGGGUUUUUCAGUCAUUUUUAGUCAGUGGUUUUUCCAUGAGGUUUAUUUCUAUGGCCAAUGCAAACCGUGUUAUCACGCUUGCAUACGCGCCAUCUGGAGGAGAGAGAAUUACUACAUUUUUAUUCUCUAAAUGUAGUAUAAUUUGCCUUUUAACCUUUGAUCUGUAUCUUGCAAUAGAAUGGCUUUGUUUUUUCCCUAGCAAACAGAACCCCACUUUUUUGAGUCACUUCACCCCUUAGUCCUCUAUCUUAGAUAUCUUUCACAAGAGAAAGCUUCCAAACAGACCUCGUGUCAGUGCCAGUGUGUAGGUCUCUCUGGCUCUCUCUAUAUCACUGUUUCAUUAUUAUGUCCUGAUAUAAAGGCCUGGCUCAUAGGGCCGGGCUAUUAUUAUAGAAUUAUUAUUCUCGCAUGUAAACAAAGAUAUCUUUGCUUUAAGAUGUGAGAAGAAAUGAAUUUACUUUGUUUGCAUUAAGUUAUGGAAGAGUUGUAAUAUAUACUUUAAGAAAGAAGAGAGGGAAAUUAGUAUUUCUAAGCAGUAACUGUGGCAAUUUUGCAAUAUCUUUAAUAGUGCUAGUUUUUUUUUCUCCUUGAGUACACAUUAAAUGUACAUAACCUAGAGCAGUCUGGCUGGUAGCACAGUGAAUUGAAUUCAAAAGUCAAAUAGCGAACUUGAAUUCUCAAACAGAAUUCAAAUGUUCGUUGUUUUUUAUUUUAAUCGCUACUGUUAAGAGAGACAUACUGAUCACUAGGUACAAAGCAAACCUUAACGCUAAAACUCUUCAUCAUUGUAAUUUCAAAGCACCUCCCUGCUUCAAAGCCUCGUGAAUUAAAAAUAACACCUGUAUAGUUUAAAAGCAGCGGUAUCAAUAGCAUUUCAGCCAUUUUGCUAGCCAUGUGUAAUCACAACCGCAGAAAUAAGGAGAAAAUCCCUGUUUUUUAGUUUAGCUAACUAGGUAUGUAACAUGACUGGGAUUGCUCUGAAUGAAUUCUGAGAAUUUGGGGGUUUUGUCAGCGCCCUCACCACAAGCCAUAGCUGUGUCUUCUUGAGAUGCCUCUCGGAGGAGCGGGGGGCUCUGAAAAGCAGCACUUACUCUGACCUGCAGCUGUCCGCAGGGGCAUCUGUCACCAAGUCAGUUUGGUCUUGAAAGCUGAAGCCUUCCACACUGUGGUGAUAAUGGCUGAGUAGGGAAGGCCUGCUGGGAGCAGGAGAGAAAAGAAAAGGGCAAGAGGAAGUUUGCAUUUCAUGUCAGUUACACGUCACUCUGAGGAAGAACUUAACAAAAGUACUUGACCCGGGGCUGCUCACAACUUUCAGUUCUGACAGCUUCCAGGCACAGGAUUCAGCCCUCAAGACAGUGACAGAAGUGGCCCUUUCCCUCUGUGAGCUCCCCAGUCCCCAGCAGUGCAGGCAGCUAGGGGGCAAUGAUUUCAGGGAGAUGAGAAGUUACGAGGGCUGCCUGAAAGAUCUUCCAUGAAGAGAACUGAUCAGAGCUUGCAGAUGAAAGGGCACCAGGAUAGGAUGGCUUCUAUUCUGUAGGAAGAGACCGUUACAGAAACUGUGACAGACGGGCAGAGUCUUGGGACUUGUGUUCUGAUAGGUGCUUUACUUCAAACAAGUCCCACAGUGAGUGACCGUCUUUGGGAUGGAACGAUGGCUUUGAUUCACCCCAGUCAGUUGGGUCAUGGAGCCAGGUCAGGGAGUCGGGGGUCGGGGGGCGCAGGUCACACCUCAGAUGCAGCUAAACUCCCAAGGAUUUUCUGCCUGAGGCGAUACUGUGCCGUGGAGGCUGAGGCUGCCAUGGGGUGUAAUAUCUAUCCCAAGGGGCUACUCACUCACCCCAUUCAAGUGGAAUUCUUCCUUCCUUCCUUCCUCCCUUCCUUCCUCCCUUCCUCUUUCUUUUCUUUCUUUCAUAAAAGUGAUUGAAGAGUUGUCAAUGAAUCCAUUUUACAAAGGAGAUAGUGAACGGUAACUCUCUGGGUUUAAAACCGGGCAGUGUGUGUCUGUGAGGUUCAGACAAAUCAGAGGAAGCAAUACACCCAAGAUGACCCACCCCCAUCCUUCCUCCACUCUUCCUUGUCCUUCUGGCUCUUGUGUCUUCCACCGACCCUUCCUCUUUCUCUUCUGUCUGUGAGGAUGCCUGGUGUUCCUGUAUAACCACCUGCCAGCUGGCCCCUCCCUCUCUCCCUCCCCUCCUGCUGGUCUCUCCGGCUCUGUGUGUGCCCCUUGGACCCUCUCUCCUGCACCCUCUGCAGGUACCUCUCUCCAUCACUCUGCGUCCAUACCUGGCUCUGCUGUUCCCGUCCCCUUGUCUCUCUCACACACACACACACACUCCCAGAUGUAAGGCUUUGUCACAGGUUGGGCUCAGAAGGGGGCCUUGAGAUUCACUGUGCUCUGUCGAUAGGUAGGUAAAACAGUCGAGGGGGUUGGGGUCCCAAAAGGAAUUAACUGGUGAGGAAAUAAGGCUCUGUUCCCUGUGUGAGCCAAAGUCUGACUGGGGGAAACCUGGGGAUGUGUUUUUCUACUGAAUCUGGACAUCUGCUGUGGAAGGAAUUAUGUCAGGAAGCAGGUAGUUUCAUCAGCAUCGUAACAGAAAUGUGGACGAUUCCAUGUGGUGGGGAAUAAAGAAGGAACUGUAUGCUCGCCCCCAAAAUGGCUGGCGCCGAGGAGGGCAUACGAUGCCAUGGUCUCAGGAGAUUCACUCAGAGCCGUCUCAGUCCAGCUCCUGCAUGACUAGCUCUUUCCUUAGCUGCUUUUCUAUGACAAAAUAUUAUCUUGUGUUAGAGUUAGGAAUAGGAACUAAUCUGUAGGAGUAUGUCCACAAAUGGGCAUCUGAAUGGACUCACAAAUAAACAACUGUAAGGACUGAAUUUCCAACACAAAGGAUGAUGAGAUUAAAAAAGCAACAGGCAAGGAAGACUUGAGUUUCGCAGGACCUGUUCUUAUUUUAACCUGCUUCAUCCCUGGUCUGCCCGAGAAACUGAGAAGGAAACCGGUUGUUCAAGACCUCUUUGAACUUGACUGGGGCUGCAGUUAAACUGAUUUGCCCUCUGGGGGAUCUUCACACUUGAAAAAUAAUUUCCUUGUCACCAACAACCUGAAAAGGCCAAAGUGGAGGCCAAGUAUAACCAUUUACAACAUUUAAUUAUAACAAGUGAAACUGCAGUGACUGUGAACAGUGAAUUCAAGGCUUGUCUUCUCAGUGAGUCAGUAUGUGGCACUUGAGUAAAUUUCCUUUAAUAUAUGAAAUUUUAAAUCACUCACUGCAAAAUGCAUUUAAGAUCUUCCAGGAAAGGUAUCGUUUUCUGUUUUGCUUUGUUUGAAAACAGUUGCCUCAAGUUUCUGUCUUAAGAGUAGUGAUUUAGAAUCCAGACAUCUUUUGUUUUAGAAAAACAAGCAAAAACCAUGUUGCAAGACUGAUAGUUGUCAUGUUUAGUUGCCACAGAUCAAAGGUUUACAAAAUAUAUUAAAUUUACAUCUACUUGAGAUAACUUGAUAGAUUGGUUUUUUUUUUUCCCCUUUGAUCUUUCCCUUCAGGAAUUUGAAGCUUCAGUGUCCAUUUUGAUUUUAAAAAUACUAAAUUGUAAUGGUUUUAUUUUGCCAAGUGUGUGCAGACAUAUUCAAAGCAAUGACACUAUUUCAAGCCAUACAACUACAGGGAUGGAAACCCUUUUCACAAAUUUUAAUGUGUUUGUAUGUAAAUAGAUGUUUGUAUGAAAUAUUUUCAUGGUAGAAUGAAUAUAUUUAAAUGAAGUUGAAUUAUUCCAGUGCUAUUUAAACAAAUUACAAAAUUUUUUUGGUGAGAAUUAUCUGAGUCUAUUGAGAUAGAACGCAGAUCAACUUUGAUUUUUACAAAAUCAAAAGCCUACAGAUAACUCUGACUCGUGGCAACUUCCCCGCGUUGUUGCACCUGACGUGGAGAGAGCUUGUAGGCUUCCCCAGUGCCUCAGCCGCUUCCUGGUGGAAGUUAGGUGCUCGUGGAGGUGUGUCACCACCUUUAGUGACAUCACUCCAGGCCUCUGGGGGCCUGUGAGUGACUCAGAGGCAUUAGAGACACCGGUGCAGUUAUCCGGAGCACAAUUUCUUUGCAGGGCAGCAGAAUCAGAAGCCAGACGUGGCCGUGUGAACCUCAGAACUGGGUUUCCUGGCCACCAUCCACCGCCACCCUUACUGCCUAGUCUCACACGGCAGGGAGGCUGCCCUCAGUGGAGUUGGGGUUCAGACCCCCGGGUGGGACUUCACGGUUUUGCCAGCAGUCCCUGCCUCCUGGCCUCCACCUCGCAGAGAGGACGGAGGAGGGUGCUGCUGGCCAGGGGCCCAUUUCUCAGCACAGUACACUUCCUGUCUCAGCUCUGGGAGACUAUGCACCCAAGCACCCAACUUCCAACCAGAGAGAGACAUCCUUGGAUAAUGCAGAUCCCUGCCUCCUCUGUCUGUGACUUUACACAUCAUUGUUAGAAGUCGUUUUAACAUCAAGACCAAUCACAUCCCUAGGACAUACCUCCCAACUCCCCUGACUCUUACUGGAACACUCCCUUACAAUGAUAUUCAACUUGAGUGGGUUGUUUUUUUUUUUCCACUUCGGUCCUGGAUAUAGUGAAAUGAUAAAUAUGAUGACAGAUUUUCACUGUGUAUACUAGCAAUAUGUACACACAUGCCGAUGUAUCUUAACAUACAAUUUGGUUACAUUUUGGAUGACUGUCGUUAAUCUCAAUUCAUGUAUUGGGAAACUACAGGGACUACGUCAUGUCUGCUUUUCAUAGAAGAAAGUUGGGUUCAUGGUUCUGAGUGCCCUACUUUAAAUGUUUUUCCUCCUCGGUUUUCUGUAUUCUCUUUUUAUCCUGAAAUGCAUUGAUUAGGUUGUGAGGUAUGUUUAAGGAUUGGAAGCCAGGGGAAUGCUUUCGGCAUUUAUUACAACCAAAAGUUAACCUCAUCACAGUUAACGAGCAUCUUUGAUUGGUCUUUUGUGGAAUCUGAACUAAAUCUAUGAGCCUUAUUCAAUAUCUAUAAUUCUAUGAUUUUUUUAAAUUAUGGGAAAUUAAUGAAAGAUGUUUACAUGAAUAAUGUUUGCCCUUACUGUGUUAUGAAUGAGUUUUUUGUAGUGUGUCUGGGUGCAUGUGCAAGAGAGUAGGAAAAAUGUUUCUGAAACAAAACUUGACAAAUAUUUGUAAUGAAAAGUAAAUUUAAAGAUUGCUAUAAUUGCGCUAUAGAAACAAUGCAAGUAUUAAACAAAAUAUACAAUCA